GCGACCAGGAGGGCGCAUGGGCCCAGCCCCUCACUUGCCAGAGGCCGAGGAGAGGAGACAGGGGCGCGGUGGGGUCCAAAUCGGGGCUCCUGCCUCACCUCUGGGAUAGACACGGGACCCCCUAACUUCUGUUGCCUCUCCCGAGACGCGCACCCGCAGGGUCGUGCGCUCUAGCCCGGCACACUCGCGCGCGGCACCAGCGCGCCCGGCGCCAGGUCUGGCCAGAGGCGAUGCGUUCAGGGGGCCGGGCAGCCGGGUUCGGGCGGCCGGAGUAGGACCCCGCGGCGAGGCAGGGAGGCAGCGGGGUUAGAGUCCCGGCUGCGCGGCGGGCAGAGGCCCCUUCGCUCCACGCCACACCUGCUGCCGCCGCCGCCGCGCCGCGAUGAGCCGCGUGGUCUCGCUGUUGCUGGGCGCCGCACUGCUCUGCGGCCACGGGGCCUUCUGCCGCCGGGUGGUCAGCGGCCAAAAGGUAUGUUUUGCUGAUUUCAAACAUCCCUGCUACAAGAUGGCCUACUUCCAUGAGCUAUCCAGCCGAGUGAGCUUUCAGGAGGCACGCCUGGCUUGUGAGAGCGAAGGGGGAGUCCUUCUCAGCCUUGAGAAUGAAGCAGAACAGAAGUUAAUAGAAAGCAUGUUGCAAAACCUGACAAAGCCAGGAACCGGGAUUUCUGAUGGUGAUUUCUGGAUAGGGCUUUGGAGAAAUGGAGAGGGGCAAACAUCUGGUGCCUGCCCAGAUCUCUACCAGUGGUCCGAUGGAAGCAGUUCCCAGUACCGAAACUGGUAUACUGAUGAGCCUUCCUGUGGAAGUGAAAAGUGUGUUGUGAUGUAUCAUCAGCCAACAGCCAAUCCUGGCCUUGGGGGUCCCUACCUUUACCAGUGGAAUGACGACAGAUGCAACAUGAAGCACAAUUACAUCUGCAAGUAUGAACCAGAGAUUAAUCCAACAGCUCCGGUAGAAAAGACUUAUUUUACAAAUCAACCUGGAGACACUCAUCAAAACGUGGUUGUUACUGAGGCAGGAAUAAUUCCCAAUCUAAUCUAUGUUGUUAUACCAACGAUCCCAUUGCUUUUACUGAUACUGGUUGCUUUCGGAACCUGCUGUUUCCAGAUGCUGCAUAAAAGUAAAGGAAGAACAAAAACUAGCCCACACCAGUCCACACUGUGGAUUUCAAAAAGCACCAGGAAAGAAAGUGGCAUGGAAGUAUAAUAAUUCAUUGACUUGGCUCCAGAAAGGAAAAUAGAGUUUUGUAAUUCUGGAUCUGUAUAAGGAAUGGCAUCAGAACAUUAGCUUGGAAUGGCUUGAAAUGUCAAAGGAUGUACAAGAUGAACUGUAAGCUCCCCCUUGAGGCAAAUGUUAAAAUAAUUUUUUAUAUGUUUAUUAUUUCAUUUAUAAAAUAACGCUGUGCUAAUAAUGGAGUGAGACAUGCUUAUUUUGCUAAAGGAUGCACCAAAACUUCAAGUAAAUGGGAUGGACCAUGCAGAUUAAAUUGCUAUGAACACAUCAGAGAAGUAUGUGCAUUGGAAGCAGUUAUUUUUGUCUCUUUCACAUUUCAUAAGUUGUAAUCUAGUUAAUGUAAUGUAAAUUGCAUUGAAAUUAACAGUGUGCAAAAUAUUUUUCCUUUACAUAAGUGUUAGAUAAAAAUGGACUGUUCUUGUAUUUAUUUUUACAGUGUUUCAUUUUUCAAUACAUGCUGUUUUGAUUAAGGAAACGUAUCACUGUUGUCAACUGAAUUCACAUACAUAUAAAUAUAUUACCAUAGAAAAAGUUUCUUUUCUAGAAAUGGCUCAUCUUAGUUUCUCUGCUUUGGGUCAGAGUAUGUUUAGGAAAUCUCUUCAGAAAUAAGAAGUUAUUUCAUUAACUGUUGUGUAAAUCUAGUCAAAUAUUUUACUUGGAGGCAAGAACUGUCUAAUUUCAGUUGUGCAAGACAUGUGCCUUACAAUUAUUUUGCAUUUAAAAUUCAACAGAUUUUGUAAUAACUUUGUUAAUAGCUGUAUAAACAAUAAUAUACUCAAUCUAAAGCAACAAAAGUGGCAUACACGAUAUAAAUCAUAUGUCUUCACGUGUUGCCUAUGUAACCACAAGUAGCUCUCUGAGGGUUCUGGAAUCGAUUUGGCCCCUACCUUGCCAACAAAGCAAAGGUGGUUGUUUGGGGUCUGGGAUUGACCCUGGAGGCCGAUACCUACAGAGUUUGCCUAAGGUUUUUCCUAGCUCCGUUUAGCCUCUAUCAGCAUAUAAGGCGGUUUUACAGUUGGGACUAGUUGAGUGGUCACCACUAGUGUGCAAUUAAGCACAGCGCACUGACGUUUCCACAAGGAAAGAAACUGAAUUAGUAUAAAAAUGGGUUGGAGGGCAUCAGUGAUCACAUGUUCGUUGUCCACGUUUGGCUGAGAGAGUAAACUGGGGUGCCUCCGUCCUAUCUUCUAGUUUCUUCCAUGCUUGUGGUUACUUCUUCUCAAGAGAGAGUUGUAACUAUCUGGUCUUCAAAUGUCUCUGUGCUCCUUUUAACCAAAUAAAAAGUUCUUGUUUCUGAAGAAUG